AUGACAGUCUCUUGCAGGGCUGCCGUGGGGAUAGGGAAGUGGCUGCCCUGUGGGAGGACUCUGCUGAUGGAGCAGACCGUGUUUCAGAGAUGCUUUGACUUUCUCCCAUUCAGCAUGCUCUUUGAGCCUUUGACACCAUUUCCUGCCCUUGCGUCUGGCGGCCACGUGACCAUGAUCGAAGUAGUGUUGUAUGGUGUGGAAGGUUCUGACAGACAACAGCACAGGACCUGUGCCCGCCUCCUCUUCUCCCUCCCCUAUUUCCAUGUGUUGGUUCAAGAGGAGGAAGUCGGCCACAGUAGGGCACGCACUACCAUAGCCAGCGCUUGUGUCCGCCUGCAGGCACGCACUACCACAGCUAGUGCUUGUGUCGGGCUGCAGGCACGCACUACCACAGCUAGUGCUUGUGUCGGGCUGCAGGCACGCACUACCACAGCUAGUGCUUGUGUCGGGCUGCAGGCACGCACUACCAUAGCCAGCGCUUGUGUCCGCCUGCAGGCACGCACUACCAUAGCCAGCGCUUGUGUCCGCCUGCAGGCACGCACUACCACAGCUAGUGCUUGUGUCGGCCUGCAGGCACGCACUACCACAGCCAGCGCUUGUGUCGGGCUGCAGGCAUGCACUACCAUAGAGUUUGCUCUUCUCUACGCCACCAUCUUCGGGAAUGUGACAACCAUUUUCCAGCAGAUGUAUGCCAACACCAACAGGUACCACGAGAUGCUCAACAGUGUCCGGGACUUCCUGAAGCUCUACCAGGUGCCCAAAGGGCUGAGUGAGCGCGUCAUGGACUACAUCGUGUCCACCUGGUCCAUGUCCCGAGGCAUCGACACGGAGAAGGUCCUGCAGAUCUGCCCCAAGGACAUGCGAGCUGACAUAUGCGUGCACCUGAACCGCAAAGUGUUCAAGGAGCACCCCGCCUUCCGGCUGGCCAGCGAUGGCUGCCUGCGGGCCUUGGCCAUGGAGUUCCAGACCGUGCACUGUGCCCCGGGGGACCUCAUCUAUCAUGCUGGGGAGAGUGUGGACAGCCUGUGCUUCGUGGUCUCAGGCUCCCUGGAGGUGAUCCAGGAUGACGAGGUGGUGGCCAUCCUAGGAAAAGGAGACGUGUUUGGAGAUGUUUUCUGGAAGGAAGCUACUCUUGCGCAGUCCUGUGCUAAUGUUAGGGCCUUGACCUACUGCGACCUGCAUGUGAUCAAGAGGGACGCCCUGCAGAAAGUACUAGAAUUCUACACAGCCUUCUCCCAUUCCUUCUCCCGGAACCUGAUUCUCACCUACAACCUGAGGAAGAGGAUUGUGUUCCGGAAGAUCAGUGAUGUAAAGCGAGAAGAGGAGGAGCGGAUGAAGCGAAAGAAUGAGGCUCCCCUUGUCCUGCCUCCCGACCACCCUGUCAGGAGACUUUUCCAACGGUUCCGGCAGCAGAAAGAAGCUAGGCUGGCAGCAGAGCGAGGUGGCCGGGACCUGGAUGACGUGGACGUGGAGAAGGGCAACGCCCUCACGGACCAUACCUCAGCCAACCACAGCCUGGUGAAAGCCAGCGUGGUCACAGUGCGCGAGAGCCCUGCCACGCCUGUGUCCUUCCAAGCAGCCUGCACCUCCACAGUGUCGGACCACGCCAAGCUGCACGCACCAGGAUCUGAGUGCCUGGGCCCCAAGGCGGGCAGUGGCGACUGUGCCAAGCGCAAAGGCUGGGCCCGCUUCAAAGAUGCCUGUGGGAGAAGUGAGGACUGGAGCAAGGUAUCCAAGGCAGAGUCCAUGGAGACACUGCCCGAGAGGACAAAGGCGUCAGGCGAGGCCACACUGAAGAAGACAGACUCCUGUGACAGCGGCAUCACCAAGAGCGACCUGCGCUUGGACAAUGUGGGUGAGGCCAGGAGUCCCCAGGACCGGAGCCCCAUCUUGGCUGAGGUCAAGCAUUCUUUCUACCCCAUCCCCGAGCAGACACUGCAGGCCACAGUUCUGGAGGUAAAACACGAGCUAAAAGAGGACAUUAAGGCCUUGAACGCCAAGAUGGCCGCCAUUGAGAAACAGCUCUCCGAGGUACUCAGGGUACUAAUGUCCAGAGGGCCCCCCCAGUCUCCUCAGGAGACGUGCGAGCUCUCCAGGCCCCAGUCCCCAGAGUCAGACAGAGACAUUUUUGGAGCAAGCUGAGAGGAUCAUUUCAAAACAAACAAGUCAAAGACAAAAGCCUGUCCCUUUGCCCUUGACACCCCCACCAUACCACCCACAUGACCAACAACUUUCGAAGUAGGCUUCUCCUGACAGGAAGUCAAAGUGGGACCAGGUGGCAUAGGUGCGGAUGUGUGGUCUCUGGAAAAUAGAAGAGGGGACAUGGCGGGGUACCCCACCUGGGAGAUGGCAGCUGCACCUAAACAGCCACUGACAGCUAUGGAAGAAGGGGUGUGCUAAUCUACCUAAAGAGCAUUUCCUUUAAAAUGUUUUACCAACGUGAUGUUUGUGAAAGAGUAAAACUCCCAGGAAGGGGCAUCAGCCUGGUACAAACU